AUGGCCACUAGUGUUCCCGAGGGCCACGUUGGCAACCUUACUGCGGAGCAGUCUGAGAAACUCAGACAGUUUUGGAGGGCUAUUUUUCAGGUUGCCGGCUUAUUACAGGAAUCCGAGUCCUUCGGCAAGGAUGCCGUCACGCAUGACGACGACAAAUUUGGCCUGACGAAACAAUUCCAGGAAAUUUUGAAGACCAACAGUCCGGAAUCUAUCCGUGAAUCUGUCUGGGGCAUGAUCAAGUGCGAUCACCCUGAUACACUUGCUUUGCGCUUCUUGCGUGCCCGUAAAUGGGACGUGAACAAGGCACUGGUUAUGCUCAUCUCUGCCCUCAACUGGCGCGACAAAGAAAUGCAUGUCGAUAGUGAUAUCAUGAAGAACGGUGAAGCCGGUGCUGCAGCUGAAGUACCAGCUAGUGACAACGCUAAGAAUGUUGGCAAAGACUUCAUGACCCAGCUACGCAUGGGCAAGAGUUUCAUUCAUGGCGUGGACAAAGAAGGUCGACCCAUCUGCAUUGUCCGUGUUCGCCUCCAUCGUGGUGGUGAACAAUGCGCUGAAAGCAUUGAACGAUAUACCGUCCACAUCAUUGAGACCACCCGUCUGGUCCUCAGCCCCGAGGUUGAAACUGCUACCAUCAUCUUUGAUAUGACUAGCUUCUCUCUAGCAAAUAUGGACUAUGCACCGGUCAAGUUUAUGAUUAAAUGCUUCGAAGCGAACUAUCCCGAAUCGUUGGGCUCCGUGCUUAUCCACAACUCCCCGUGGAUCUUCCAAGGUAUUUGGCGUAUUAUCAGGGGCUGGCUUGAUCCAGUUGUUGCUGCCAAGGUUCACUUCACAUCUGGUCGUGCUGGACUAGAAAAGUUUAUCGAGCCCAGUAGACUGUUGAAGGAGUUGGGUGGUGACGAGGACUGGGAAUACAAAUAUGUUGAACCUGUGGAGGGAGAAAACGCGACAAUGGACGACAAGGCGGGUGCAGAAGCGGUUCUCAAAGCGAGAUCUUCGCUCGUUGUUGAUAUGCAGGCAGCCACGCUCGAAUGGAUCCAUGCCGCGGACGCCGCAACAAUUGAUGCAGCUGCCAGCAAACGCCAGGAGAUUGCGGGCAAAUUCCGCGAAAACUACUGGGAGCUUGACGGGCAUAUUCGGGCCAAGUCGAUCCUUGAUAGACAAGGUGUUAUUGGGGAGAAGGGCAAGAUUACCUUUUACCCAUAG